GUGUUCAGGUAACGUUACGGUACCGCCUCUGCCGCCGGUCCAGCCAACUUGGACAACAUGCCGCUUUCAAACAGACUCGUCACACCGCUGCAACUUUCCCUCCGCGUGCGUGGACCGAGAUGAUCUGAAGCGUUUCCUCGACGCGACACACACACGCCACAUGACCGACGCUGAAUCCUAAAAACCCUGAGAUGUGGACGGGACUCACCUGAGUGGAGUAAAGGUUCAGAAGAAACCUCAACUUACAAACCAGCUUCUUUUACAUUUUUAUAUGUGGAGUAUUUUUAACCCCGGGUUUCAUUAAAAUGGGUGUGCUGUGGACCAAGUACGUUUUCUUCCUGGCGUGUUGCUCUGGAUUCACGUUUGGGAGUCCAAACAAAUGCGACGAAGUGCGCAAAGUUUUCCAACUCAGGCAAAUUGGACCAAAUCAAUUAUUGCCUCUGAGCCCCAGACCAGGUUCAGACCUUCAGGUGUGCAUGUCCAAGAACCUGACCUGCUGCACCAAAAAGAUGGAGGAGAAGUACCAGGUGGCGGCCCGGAGAGACAUCCAGAACCUCCUCCAGACGUCCAGUUCCAGCCUCAAGUUCCUCAUCUCACGCAAUGUGGCUGCUUUUCAAGAGACCUUCGAGGCUCUGAUGAGGCAGGCGGAGAAUCACACGAACGUUGUCCUCCAGGAGUCGUACCGCAACAUGGCUGACGAGGCCGUGGGCCCUGUGCAGGAACUCUUCACUGACAUUAGUCUCUUCCUGCUGGGGUCUGAGCUCAACAUUGAUGACUUGGUGCAGCGAUUCUUCGAAGCUCUCUUCCCGCUGGUCUACAAUCACCUUAUCAACCCAGGCCUCAGCGACAUAUCGCCAGGCUACGCCGAAUGUGUAAGGUCGUCCAGCCGGGAUGUGAGACCGUUUGGUGGGGCGCCCAGCCUCCUGGCUGAUCAGAUUGCCCGCUCUGGGGUCUCUGGGAAGCUUCUCCUUCAGGCGCUGCACCUCGGCAUCGAAGUCAUCAACACCACAGACCACUUACAGCUGAGCCGUGAAUGCAGGCGGGCCCUGCUCAAGAUGCACUACUGUCCUCACUGCCAGGGUUUAACCCAGUCCAAGCCGUGCAUGGGUUACUGCCUCAACGUGAUGCGAGGCUGCUUGGCAAGCAUGGCGGAGAUUGACACCCACUGGAGGGAGUUUGUUCGCUCGUUAGAGGGCCUGUCAGCACGGAUGCACGGGCCUCAGGAUUUGGAGCAAGUGCUUCUGGGAGUUCACACACUGCUUCAUGAUGCUGUCGGGCACGCACAGAAAAACGGACCCCGCCUCUCGGCACAGGUGCACAAACUGUGUGGCCCACCGAGCAGGAGGCCUGCGCAGUCAGUCAGCAUCCAGCACAGCAGCAGCGGCAGCAGCAGCAGAGAAUCCAUCCCUCUUAAAGCUCUUGUCAGAGUGUCAGGGGACUCGCUCGCUGUCAGGAGGAGGGACUUUCUGAACAGUCUGCGUCUGUACCGCACGUACUAUGGCGGCCUGGCGGAUCAGUUGUGUGUGAGUGAGCUGGCCGCUGGUGACGGGCUGUCCUGCUGGAACGGAACCGACAUUGUGAAAAGCUACACCCUCCGUGUGGUUGGCAACGGGAUCAAGGCUCAGAGUGCCAACCCUGAAGUCAAAGUGAAGGGAGCAGAUCCUGUAAUCAAUCAGAUCAUUGACAAGCUGAAACACAUCAAUCAGCUGUUGCAGGGGAAAUCCAUUCCUAAACUGGGAUCACUGGACCAGAUUGAAACAGGAAGUGGAGAUUUAGAAGGACGUUACAGCGGCGACUGCGACGAUGAGGACGGCUGUGGGGGUUCAGGUGGUGGUGAGGUUCAGAGGAAAGUCAGAGUCACCAAAUUGAGUCCAGAUGUGACCGGCGAUCACAAACAUCAUCAUCAUCAUCAUUACCCACCUGCCGAGGAUUCAGUUAUUGGGGGCAGAUCCAGGAGCCUUGGACUGACGGGGGCCAUCUGGGCCUUGAUAUUGCCUUGUUUACAUAUGCUCCUGGCCUUGUAACAGCUGCCCUUUCUGCAGCAUGAAACUUUCAAGACUGGAUUUCAGGCUUAUUUAUCCAGAAACCAGUGGACAUAACAAGCUCUGAUAUGUAACGGAGCACCACUUCCACACAGUGCAGGACACGGUAGGAGUGAAUGUGAUUGAUCGUGUGGAAAUGACAAGACACUGUGGCUUACGUAAGACAGCAUAUGGUUCAGCUUUGCCAAUGUUAAUUAUUCUUUACCCGGCAUUCAUUAACACUAAAAAUUACUUAUUUAUAACAGCUGAGUUCAAGAGUAACUACAGCGCAAGUUGUAAAAGAUUGGUAUUAAUUUAAUUGUAUUUCUACGCAUAAUAUAUAUGGUCUGUGGAUGUAUAUAUAUGAAAGCAUUAAUUUGCAUCUGCAUAUCACACUGUAAUGCACUCUACACAGUGCAGAUUGUACUCAUUUUAAGUGGGGUUUUAAAACUGCUGUGAAGAUCAAAGUAAUCUGAAAGGUUACUUUUGAUGUUGGAUUUGAAAUUGGAAAAAAUCUCCACAGCUUUUGCAGUUGCAAUAUUUGUACAAGCUCAAAUUAAAAUGGCCUGUUAUUCUAAUACCGUCCCAGGAAUCCCUUCUGCGUAUAAUCCUCUAACAUUUUUUAUGCAAAAGUGCUUCAAUUAUUGGGGAAAACCUGCAGGAAUGUCUCAGAUGUGGACCUUAUGUUCUUGUGGAUUUUGCUCGAACCACGAAUAAUUCCAGACAUUUGCUUCCUUUCAUUUGUAAUAGCUGCCAUGCUGUCCAGAGUCCAUUUAAUUGGCACAUUUCAAUUGCAAAAUUGACCUGUAAUGCUACUGCUGAGAGAAACGGUGAAAGGAGAGGGGUGGGCAGGUGGAAGUGGGGGGCAAGUGAGAUGUGAAUUCAUACUCCUUUCUUCUUUAGGAAUAGAUUAGUUUCUUCAGGAGUCUAUUAUCAUCUUUCAAACUCAAUCCUCCUCUGCCUUCAUAGGCCUGGAUGGGAGCUGAUAGCUCCUGGAGCCACUGGUGAGGAAGAAUCCAAUUGCUCCUGCCUGCCACCUGACUGCAUACUGCUGCUGUGUUACUGGCAGGUUUCUUUGCAGAGGAAAAGAAAAACGAUUUGUUUCACAUAUGUCAUGCAUGUCUGGUCAAUGCCUGAAAGAGAAAAGUACUCAACGGUACCGAAAAUUGGUUCUUUGGCUCGCAUAUCCUGGGAAGCUACUUAUAGAGCUGAAGAAAUAAUCCUACUGAGAUGCUGCAGGAGCUAAAAUAAUACUAUUUAAAACCAAAUUUCACUAUUCAUACACGGCAUAUAUGUGUAUAUACAUACACAUCACAGAAAUAAACAUGAAAACAUUAAAGCUGCUACUGUAAAUACACGACAGAGUAAGAAUUAACAUAAAUAUUCAAUUAGGGCUCAAAACAGCCAAAGGUACAAUCUCCUCAGGUACUCUGUUUGAUCAUAUAUGCAUAGGCGCAGAUCUCGGUGCGGACGCAGGGGACACGUCUCCCUCAAUAUGUGCAUUUGUUCCCCCCAGUAAGAUGUAAGAAUUGAUAGAAUGCAACUCUGAGUUGCAACAAAGCCUCCAGUAAAGUGGGGGGCAGCAUGCAACCUCAAAAACGGUUGCAAUCUGCCAUAAAACAGGAAACGAGUCCUGGGGUUAAACUGGAGUAAACACGGCAGAAGCUGCUCCAAUACAGCUGCAAAUUAGUGAGAAAAAUGUAAACCAAAAGGUGGAAUUAAGGUAUUUGAGUAUUAGGACCACGGUUAAGAAAAAUACUAAUCAGAGAUUUUGAGAAUUAAGUCGUAAUAUUACGGGAAAAAAAUGUAUGAGAAUAAAGUCAUAACAGAACAGGUUCCCUCAAGUCAUAUGCAUAUUUUACCAUUUCCUGACAGUCCACUGUAGCCUACAGUUAUUUAAACUAGGGCUGCCCCCGACUAAUAAUUUUCCUAGUUGACCAAUAGUCGUCAUUUAGGGCCAUUAGUCGACCAGUCGUCCACAUGUUUUCAGUUAUUAAAUGAUAUAUUUUGGGCGGGGCAA